AUAAAGUCUGAAAUAUUGCUAUCUCCGUAUUCUACAUAUCACGCUUAAUGUUGAUAAGGUCAUAACCUUAUAUCUUGUUUCUUCGUAGCACAGGUCCCAUUUACAUGUAUGCUGAAAAUGAGUUGGAUAUUUAUGUUUAUGUUAUUGCAUCUCUGUGAUGAGGCUGUAGCAAACUGUAGAAAUGAUUUCAUGAGUGCACUUGGGUCUUGUUACCAUUUCGGAAAUGUACCAUUAGGAUUUACACAGGCGGAGCAUUGUUGUCGCCAAUAUGAAGGGCAUCUUGUUCACAUCGAUUCAGCGCAGGAGGAUAGUUUCCUCAAGACCUACGCCAGUGGGCAUUCAGCUCAAUUUUGGUGGAUUGGAUUAACAGAUCUGAUGGCAGAGAACCACUUCCUGUGGAUUGACGAUAAUACUGAAGCGAUAUUUACAGACUGGGGCCAGGACCAACCAAACGGCGGCACCGAGGACUGCAUCGUUCUUGAUCACAAAGACGGAUAUAGGUGGCACGAUUAUCAUUGCGAAACCCAGAUGUUCCCACUUUGUGAAUCGAAACCAUCUCAGAUUCAAAUUGUGGGAUGAAUAUCGACCUCCUUCCUGACAAUCGUAUAUCCACAAAUGCAUGUCUGAGAAUCUUUACAAGUGAAUUCGGCAAAUCCUGAUGCAACCUGAGCUUACCAAGUUUACUGACAGUUUGGACUCUGUGUGGAUGAUAAUAUGGACAAUAUAUUGUGUUCGUGUUGUGUUGUGAUUGACAUUUUUUAACAGAUAAGAUUUUUUAAUCCAGACUUAACAGGCGAUUUUUUUCCAAAGAAUAAAUACAAUACUUUUUUAUUGAUGUGCAUGAAUUUGAGUACAAAAUAUCAACAAUGUGUAUCAUGUGUUGUUUUUUCAAUCAGUCUGUCAUCCAUAGGUAAUAUAUUAAGUAUGAGAAGGGAAUAUUUUAUUUUUACAUUUGUGUUGUUUCUGCACACCAUGUCAGAGACAUGAAAAUAUAUUUUAUGCCCCCAACGGGCGGCAUAUAGUUUUCGCACUGUCAGUCUGUCUGUCCUCCGUAGAACUUUUCGUGUUCACUCUCUAAUUCAAGUAGUUCUAAUCCGAUCUCCAAACUUGGUCAGAAGUUGCAUCCGGAUAAUGUCUAGGUCAAGACAAACAUGGGUCAUGCUGGGCCCAAAACUAUGUCAUAGGGUCACUUAGUGCGUUUCAAACAUUCAGCAUGGUGUCCGCUCUCUAAUUCAAGUAGUUUUCAUCCGAUCUUUCCCAAACUCUGUCAGAAGUUGUAUCUACAUAAUGUCUUCGCCAAGUGUGAACAUGGGGCAUGCCGGGCAAAAAACUAGUUCACUGGGUCACUAAGUGCGUUUUAAAAAUUCAGCUUGGUGUCCGCUCUCUAAUUCAAGUAGUUUUCAUCUGAUCUUCACCAAACUUGUUCACAAGUUUUAUCUAGAUGGUCUCUAGGCCAAGUUUGAACAUGCAUGCAAAGAAUUGGCAGAAAAAAAACAUCUACAAACUGCAGCAGAUGAAAUAUGUAACAAACAAAAUAUAAAUAUUGAACACCUGUUAUGUAGCAAACUAAUAGUUAAAUAAAAUAAAGGCGAUGUAUAUCUCAAAAACAUUUGCAUACUUAUGCUUUUAUGUAGUGACAAAGUUACAGUUGGGGGCAUCCGUGUCGUGUGGACACAUUUGUUUGACUGAUGAUAAACAACUCAUUCAUACUGAUCUAACUAUAAAAUGUUAUUUACACGAUAAGAAAUACAUUGUAUUGUAUGCCUGCUAAUAUUGUGGUCUUAAAAUAAUAUCACUUAUACUGUUGUAGUUCAUUUAAACAUCAAGAUAUGUGAUGUUAACGUAUGUGUUCAUGUUAUGUUUGUAUUUGAUUUAUUUUUACAUGUUAAUAAAUAUUUUGGUGUUUAAAGUUCAAUCUAUAGUGAAUUAAUUUGUGACGUGUGCCAUUAAAUAUGUAGUGCUUAUUGCUUUUAUUUUGUUUAAGUUGAAAAUCAUGUUUUUGAAUCUCUACGUAUGAAAUGCACUAGUGAAUUUGGUUUGACACUUAUGCGAAGAUUAAUCAUAUAUAAACUUCAAAUACAUUGUUGAUCACAAACCGCAUGUAUAUGCAAUCCACAAAUUACUGUUUCCAUAGCAACUGUUAACUUAAUCUAUUUUGUCUACUUAAUUUUAUCAAUCAUAUAACAAAAUUGAAUUGCUAAAUAAACCAAAAUAUUGUCUGGCAGUACAGACACACAACACAAAUUGUAUCAUGAGGAGUUAUUCGUUUUAGUUUUAAGUUCAUAGCUGUACAAAAUGUUCAAUUUCUGAAUACACACCUUUUUCCAGAAAAUGUGCAUAUAUUUAUGUAUAUAAUAAACAUAUUAAUGAUGUUCCAUAU